CUCCCUCUUGCCUCGUUCGCACAUAAUUCCCAACAUGAUACCCAGAGAUUCGGCCAUUUCCACCUUGAUAUUUGCGUCGCUUGAAAUACCGCCAUGAACAGUCCACUCGCCGAGUAUCUGUCCGCGUUGGAAGCACGUGACGCGCGGGAGCAGGCGCAUGCUGCCUACAUCAAUGCAUACACUAAGCUCGCCGACCGAACCGCAGGAUCUCGUGCAGAAGCCCUAGCUCCCCCUCCAGCUCCAUCUCUGAGCACCUCCACUAAGUCACUACGGCCGGGCACGCCAAAGGACAAAGGCUCUCCAGCACCACAGGACGUGACAUCGCCGAGCAGCACUGCCCAACUGCGCGCAGAAUUAGCCUCAACCCAGCGGAUACGAGCCGCGCUCGAAACAAAGCUCUCCACCAUAUCCGCCGAGCUCGACGCUUUCAAGGCGUCAGACGCCGCACAGAAACGGCGCAUCAGCCAGCUGGAGAAAACGAGGGAGCAGCUAGAUCGCAAGGUCAAGGACCGGGCCGAGGAGCUGAAGGGCAAAGGCAGGCUGGUCGAGGGUGUGCAGGAUGAGAUGGUGGCGAUUAAUCUACAGCUACAUAUGAUGGAGCAGGAGCGAGAUAAACUGAGGAUGGAUAAUGAGGAGUUGACGAGGAGGUGGGUGGAAAAGAUGGAGCAGGAGGCGCAGAAGAUGAAUGAUGAGAAUAUCUCGAAGGGGUAUUAUCAGGAUGGACCGAGAUGAUGGUCAGUCUUGCGGGGACCGAGGCUGGCUUUGAAUCUGCUGCAUCCUCACACCUGACGUGGGAAGUGACAGAAAUCUGCAUCCUGUUGACAUGCUCCGCAAUUCCAGCAAGAAGUUUAACAGAUAAACCGAACUGUAGUCAUG